UGCUGUCUCCAAUAGCACAUUGGCUGUAUCUGCAAUAGAUGGACUUUGCACCAUCACUCAUUCAAAUUGUCACACAAUGUCCUGUCAUCCCCCUGAAUAAGCAUAACAUUCACCGCCAGGGGGUUACAGAACCAAAACUUCGCGAUUUCCUAAAACUGAUGUUUAUAGAUGUUGUUGGUUUUUUUUUUUUUUCUAAACCGACCGAGCAAUUCUUGACGCGACUGGAUGUCCACACAACCGCAGAUCACAGCGUGCACCUGCCUGUCUGUCUCUCUGCGCCCGCCCGCACGCAUUUCCUGGCUGCUGCUGUCUCGCCGCCGCCCUCCCACCUUGUCAUUCCAUUGGGCCGCAGUGGUUGACGGGUGGCUUCGCGCUCCGUACUGGUUUGUCCUGUGGGGCUUGCUGUAGGAGAGGUGUUACUGGGCACAGAGGAGCCUGGCAGCAGGAAGACAGGCAGACUGGGGAGCAGGACCUUCCAGGAGAUGGCCCUGAGCUAACGAGACAUGCUGCAGAAUACGAUGCCUCUCUUUCCCACGGCCAUGAAUGGCGGGCCGAACAUGUGGGCCAUCACAACAGAAGAGAGAGCAAAACAUGACAAACAGUUUGCCAGCCUGAAGCCUGCGGGUGGGCUCAUAACUGGUGAUCAGGCACGUGGCUUUUUCUUACAAUCUGGCCUUCCCCCAGCUGUUCUAGCUCAAAUAUGGUCACUAUCAGACCUGAACAAAGAUGGAAAGAUGGACCAACAGGAAUUCUCUAUUGCAAUGAAGCUCAUCAAGCUCAAGCUGCAGGGCCAGAUUCUGCCUGCAAUCCUUCCACCUUCUAUGAAGCAGCCUCCAAUCAUCUCACCACUAAUGUCCUCUCGCUAUGGAAUGGGAAGUAUGCCAAACUUGUCCAUGCCGCCAUCCAUGCCACAGCCUAUGCCUACGCUAUUACCACUGGCACCUACCACCUCUAUAACCUCAAUGAGCUCUCUGCCACCCUUGCCUAUGUCCAGCUCUUUUGUGCCUUCUGUUGGCUCAUCAGCGACAUUGCCAAAUGGAACGUCCUCUCUCUUGUCAUCUUUCCCUGUGCCUUUGUCUUCGACACUGCCUCAUAAUAGCUCAUUUAUGCUUAUGGGUGGAGGAUUUGGCGGCAGCACCCCCUCCACUAUGCAGAAGACUCAGUCUCUGAUAGACCUGGGAUCUAGCAGCUCCAAUUCCUCAUCUACCACUUCUUUGACUGGCAAUUCUCCCCAGGCUGGAUUCCAGGACUGGGCAGUACCACAGGCUGCCAGAUUAAAGUACAGGCAGAAGUUCAACAGUCUAGAUAAAUCCAUGUGUGGCUACCUCACAGGCUCACAGGUGAAAAAUGCACUGAUCCAAUCAAACCUCUCGCAUACUCAGCUAGCGACUAUCUGGUCCCUUGCUGACAUUGAUGGAGAUGGAAAGCUGAGAGCAGACGAGUUUGUACUUGCAAUGCAUUUAAUGGAUAUGGCUAAAUCUGGGCAGCCUCUCCCUCUAACCCUGCCCCCAAGUCUUAUACCUCCUUCUUUUCGGGGUGGUUCUGAUCCUGUAAAUGGAACAGUUCCAUCAUAUCAUAGGAUGCAAGAAGAGGAGCCGCCCCAGAAAAAAACAGCAGUAACCUUUGAGGAGAAGAGGAAGGAGAACAUGGAGAGGGGGAACAUGGAGCUGGAGAAAAGGCGACAGCACCUUCUGGAGCAACAACAGAGAGAGGCUGAACGCAAGGCGCAGAAAGAGAGGGAGGAGCAGGAACGUAGAGAACGAGAGCGCCAAGAGCAGGAACGGAAGAAACAGCUGGAGAUGGAGAGGCGCCUGGAGAGACAGCGAGAAAUUGAGCGGCAGCGAGAGGAAGAGAAGAGAAAAGAAAUCGAGAGGCGAGAGGCUGCAAAGCAAGAACUGGAACGUCAGAGACAACAAGAGCUGGAACGGAUUCGUCGGCAGGAGCUCUUCAAUCAAAGAAACAGGGAGCAGGAGGAGAUUAUGAGGCUCAAAUCCAGGAAGAAAAGUUUACAGAUGGAAUUAGAAGCUCUGGAGGAUAAACAUCAUCAGAUUUCUUCAAGAGUCCAAGAUGUCCGUGGCAGAAAACAGAAGUCGAAGAAUGAGUUGGAAAGCGUGGAUAGAAAAUGUGAUCUUGGUGUUGUGGAGAUCAGACAACUUCAGCAGGAGCUUCAGGAAUAUCAAAACAAGUUGAGCGGCUUGGUUCCUGAAAAGCAAGCUUUAAAUGAGAAAAUUAAACAGAUGCAGCUUAGCAGCUCACCUGAUAAUUCCAGUACAGGUUUUCAGGGGAUUGACAAGAAAACCUCAGAAAAGACCAGCCUUUGCAGAAGUCUUCGUGAGCAGCUGGAGGCUUUGGAGAAGGAGACCUCUGCAAAGCUCCUGGAGAUGGAUUCUUUCAAUAACCAGCUCAAGUUUGAGAAUAUGGAUGGCUCUCUGCUGCAAUGCCUUUUGUCUCUGCUCAGCUGUCUCAACAAUCUCUUCCUCUUGCUUAAGGAGCUAAGGGAAGCCUAUAACAAGGAGCAGACUGCUCUUCAACAACUUCAGAAAAUCAAGCAGGAGAAAGCAAGUGAUAUUCAGCGCAAACAAGAGGAGCUUGCACGGAUGAAAAAGGAAGAAGAGGAAGCUGCAAGGAGAGCCAAGCAAGAGAAAGAAAACCAAUGGAAGGAAAAAGUCAAAAGAGAAGAAGAGGAGAAGCUAAAACGUCUGGAAGAAGAUCGGAAACAAGAACAGAUACUCCAGGAACGACAGAAAGCUGAAGAGGAAGCAGCAGCUAAGCUCAGGGAAAAAGAAUCACAGCAGAGGAAACUGGCAGAGGAAGAGGAGAAGAGGAGGACAGCAGCUAAGCUCAGGGAAAAAGAAGUACAGCAGAGGAAGCUGGCGGAGGAAGAGGAGACGAGGAGGGCAGCAGAGAUACAAAGGGAAGCAGAGAGAGAGAAACAGGAAGAGGAAAAGCGCAAGCAAGCUCUGCUGAAGAAAGAAGCAGAAGAGAAAAAUAAGGCACAGGAGGAAGAGAAAAGACGUAAAGACAGCAGUGCACGCAAAGAUUCAGAAACCCGCUUUUCCAAGCUUAAUCUGGAUGAAAAGUUUACUGAAAAAUUGAAAUUUAUUGGUGCGAGAAGUUUCAGUUCAGAAAGAGAUAAAGAUGUGAGCACUAGCGAGCGCAGAAAAUCAGCCGCUUUUGUAAACUACACAGCCCUGUACCAGUUCGAAGCAAGAAAUGCAGAUGAACUAAGCUUUAAUGCUGGGGACCUUCUCCAGGUUGAUGAGAAGAAUGCAGGAGAGCCAGGCUGGCUCUAUGGCUGUCUGAAAGGAAAUGUCGGCUGGUUCCCAUCCAACUAUGCGGAAAAAAUACUGGAGACUGAGAGAGCUUUAUCUCCCAAGAAAGCCUUAAUGCCCCCCACUAUCUCUGUGUCAGCUACCUCAAACCCCGCCAAAUCACUUGCAUCAAGUCUAACCACAGAGGUGGACACAGAGUAUCAAAACCUCCCUUUCUCAAGCCUUAACUUGAACACAAGCUGGCAGAAAACGUCUGCAUUUACCCGGACCGUAUCCCCAGGGUCCGUCUCUCCCAUCCAUGGACAGGGUCAGCCGGUGGAAAACAUAAAAGCGCAAGCACUGUGCUCAUGGACUGCAAAAAAGGAUAACCACUUGAAUUUCUCCAAGAACGACACCAUUGUUGUGUUGGAACAGCAAGAAAACUGGUGGUUUGGGGAGGUCCGUGGGCAAAAGGGUUGGUUCCCAAAAUCCUACGUAAAGAUAAUUCCUGGAGUGGAGAAUAAAUCCCCAGAACCAGAACCUCUGUAUGCUGCUGUGAAGAAAAAGAAGCCAGUGACUCCUUCUCAUGCAUCUGGUGAAGAAUAUGUGGCAAUCUACCAUUAUACAAGCACUGAGCCUGGAGAUCUGACCUUUAAUGAAGGAGAUAUCAUCCGAGUCACUCACAAAGAUGGUGACUGGUGGACGGGAGUCAUUGAUGAAAAGACUGGUAUCUUUCCUUCAAACUAUGUCCGUCCUCGUGAUCAAGAGGGGUCCAGUGUCGCUGCUGGCAAAGCUGGAACAUUAACCAAAAAGCCUGAGAUUGCCCAGGUAACCACAGUUUACACUGCGACCGGCUCAGAGCAACUUAGUUUGGCUCCUGGCCAGCUGAUCCUUAUUCUGAAGAAAAAUGCUUCAGGCUGGUGGCAAGGAGAACUGCAGGCACGAGGGAAGAAACGGCAGAAAGGAUGGUUCCCAGCAACCCACGUAAAACUUUUAGGACCAACCAAUGACAAAGCAACUCCUGCAUUUGUACCAGUGUGUCAAGUUAUUGCAAUGUAUGACUAUGUCGCAAAUAACGAGGAUGAACUGAACUUUAGUAAAGGCCAACUGAUCAAUGUCGUAAAUAAGGAUGAUGCAGAUUGGUGGCAAGGAGAAAUCAACGGGGUGACCGGCCUUUUCCCUUCCAACUACAUCAAGAUGACCACUGAAUGUGACCCCAGUCAGCAGUGGUGCGCUGACCUCCAGUCUCUGGAUACGAUGCAGCCCAUGGAGAGAAAGAGGCAGGGUUAUAUUCAUGAACUAAUCCAGACUGAAGAAAGAUACAUGGAUGAUCUUCAGCUUGUAUUGGAGGUUUUCCAGAAACCAAUGGCGGAGUCUGGCUUUCUCAAUGAAGCAGAGAUGGGUCUUAUAUUUGUUAACUGGAAGGAGCUCAUUAUGUCCAAUACCAAACUACUGAAAGCCUUGCGUGUCCGUAAGAAGACAGGGGGAGAGAAAAUGCCAGUUCAGAUGAUCGGAGACAUUCUUGCCAAUGAGCUAUCCCAUAUGCAGGCCUAUAUACGCUUCUGCAGCUGUCAGCUCAAUGGCGCCAGCCUAGUACAGACAAAGACGGAUGAAGAACCAGAAUUUAAAGACUUCUUAAAGCGACUGGCGACUGAUCCACGGUGUAAAGGCAUGCCCCUUUCCAGCUUCCUGCUGAAACCCAUGCAGCGGAUAACCCGAUACCCACUGAUCAUCAAGAGUAUCCUGGAGAACACCCCAGAAGUACACCCAGAUCACAGUACCUUGCGGUUUGCACUGGAACGGGCAGAGGAGUUGUGUUCGCAGGUUAAUGAAGGCGUGAGAGAAAAAGAGAAUUCCGAGAGACUGGAAUGGAUACAGACACGCGUUCAAUGUGAAGGCCUCACCGAGCAGAUCAUAUUUAACUCCCUUACAAACUGCCUGGGCCCACGGAAAUUACUGCACAGCGGGAAACUUUACAAAACGAAGAGUAACAAGGAACUGUAUGGCUUUCUCUUCAACGACUUCCUGCUACUCACCUACAUGGUCAAACAGUUUGUGUCUUCAGGGUCCGACAAGCUUUUUAGCCCCAAAACCAACUCUCAGUUCAAGAUGUACAAAAUGCCAAUUUUCCUCAAUGAAGUUCUUGUUAAACUGCCCAGUGACCCAUCUAGUGAUGAGCCUGUAUUCCAUAUCUCCCAUAUUGACAGAGUCUACACACUGCGAACAGACAACAUCAAUGAAAGAACGGCCUGGGUCCAGAAAAUAAAAUCAGCAUCAGAACAAUUUCUGGAUACAGAGAAGAAGAAAAGAGAGAAGGCUUAUCAAGCAAGGUCACAGAAAUCAUCUGGAAUCGGACGGCUUAUGGUACAAGUGAUCGAAGCGUCAGAACUAAAGGCCUGCAAACCCAAUGGGAAGAGUAAUCCUUACUGUGAAGUGAGCAUGGGGUCUCAGAGCUACUCUACGCGAACAUUAACAGAUACCCUGAGCCCUAAAUGGAAUUUCAAUUGCCAAUUUUUUCUCAAGGACAUUCACCAAGAUGUGCUGUGCAUCACAGUAUUCGACAGAGACCAGUUCUCACCAGAUGACUUUUUGGGGCGCACUGAGGUCCCUGUAGCCAAAAUCAGGAACGAACAAGACAGCAAAGGCCCCUCUACCAAACGUUUACUGCUACACGAAGUGCCAACAGGAGAAGUAUGGGUGCGGUUUGACCUCCAGCUCUUCUAGCUGAAGAACACUCCACCGAUAGAUUGAACAUUUAAGGGUAGUUUGGUGGAAUGUGAACCAACGUUUUAAGUUUCUUAAGUACUGACAUUCUGGAACCGUUUCACGACUGACUGUCUUGUUUCUGGAUGCAGCUUCUCCUGAUUGUAUUGUUCAUUGCAGACUACCUAUGCAAAUCCAGUAAUUAACAGCCAUUGUCACAGUGCCUUUUACUGAGCAAGUGCUUUCUUUUUUUACAGUUUUUAUUUUAAGGGGCGUUUUAAACCUUUAUUAUAUCUUUUCCUUAUCUUGGCAGAGCAUAGAAGCUGACAUUAACAGGGUUUAUUAAGUUUAUGUAGAUUGAGUGCAGAUGUGAAUAGACAAUAACACGUCUAGAUUUACACACGCAAAGAGAAAGUGUGGUUUUGGUUUGCAAUAUAACCUGGGCAUUAUCAUAAGCAGCCGUAGACAUAGAUGAAAAGAUCCAGAGCUUUCACUGGAACUGUGCAAAAAAAAAAAGAAAACGCGAUUCCAUGGAAAAGAGGAAAAAGGAAAUUUGAUGUUUCAGUCCUUUUGAGAGACUUUUAUCAAAAGUAUCAGAUUGCAUUAGAACCGGAAUAUGGAUCUUUUUUUCAUUUUAUGUUUUAUAUCUCAUUGCAGGAACUUUAUCAGAAUGGGUAAAAUGUUGGUUGUAUUAGAUGACCUUUAUCCAGACCAUCAUAUUAAUGAAAAUUCUGCUAGGGAAUCAAAAUAUGGAUCUUUUACUGAUAUUAUUGGUCCCAUUGAAAUAACUUUUUCAUCCAUGUUGCUCUCCAAUUCCAAGGAUCUUUAUCAACCUGCUUAACUUUCAGUUGACUGCAGAGCCAAUAGGCAGUCUAGAGGUCAUGUAGCCGAAAGGCCACAAGUUGGUUCCUUCAUCAAUGUUUUGGUCCUAUUGAAAUGUUGAUCUUCUUUCGCAAACAUUUUGGUCCAGUUGCAGUCACUUUAUGAAGACAGGCAACAUUUCAGUCAUUCUGGAGGAACUUUAUCUAGGUGAUCACUCGAGUAACGAUCCUGCCUUAGAACUUGGAAUAUUCAGUGUUUUGGUUCACCAGUAGGACCUUUAUUUCCAGGGCCUUUUUUUACUUUUUUAGUUUUAGUCAGAAUUUUUUUUUUUUUUUUUGCACAAAUUCUUUAAAUGCUAUGAAACUUUUCUUCUUUCUCUCUCUAUAUAGACAGACAAUGAUAUAUAUUUAUAAAUAGACGGACAUAUGGAUAUGCGAAAAUCUCAACUAGAGAGUGCCUUGUCUCUGGAGGAGCUCAGAUUAACAAGAUUGCUUCCCUAUGGGAAAAUAAUUUAUGACCUGAUUUUAAGUGCAUUGUUUAUGUAAGGUUUUGUAUAAUAUUAAAAUGACAGAUAGCUAUAGAAUACAUUUGAGUGUUCUUCUGCGAAAUGCUGUAAAUGAAAGUGUAUAUGUUUAAUUAGUCAGUUAAACACACGUAGUUACAUUUUGAGUUUAGUGAGAUUUAUAAUCACUAUUAAUUUUGAUCAUAGGAAUGGCUUAGAAGAAGCACACAUAUAUCCUACAUGUCGAGGGUUAUUCAUGAUUAUGGAGUGCAAUAUACUGAUAUAGAUCAUAUUUAAGAUAUUUUAUAAAAACUGUUCACAAGCUACGGUCUGGUUUCAAUGGAAGAUGUGAACAAUAGUUCCAGAAAAGUAUAUACUGCAUUUCUACUGUAUUUCUUGUAAAUAGGAUGGAUGGGAGGUUCAGUGCCCCAAACAAGUCAGAGAUAUAAAAGGAUUUUUUAAGGACCAUAAUUCAGAAUGGCCAGUCCUGAUCAGUAGAUACAGGAAUAUUUAGAUCUGUUGGAAAAUUAGCUUUAAUGAUGAGAUUCCCAGUGCAAUAUUUAAAGCAGGGACAUUAUACCUACAGUCCUUGAGAGUCACAAACAAACCUGAAUUUCAAGGUAAUACUUAGCAUGCUGGUCAGUGAUACUCUAUAUCAAAUGUUUCCUUAAAGGGUAACUCCAGUGCCAGAAAAACAAUCAGUUUUCC